GGCCGGCGGGCUCUAGGACCGCGCGGCGGGCUCGGUGCUGCAGUGGAGGCGGCGGCGCUGCGGGAAGAGGCCUGGCCGGGCAGCGCAGCGGCGGCGGCGGCUCGGCGGGGCUCGGCACGGCUCGGCGGGGCUCUGCGCCGGGCCCGCACCGGCCCAGGGGCAGGAGGAUCCAGGCAGGCGGCGGGGGACGGCUCCCGGACCCCUCCUCGGCGCAGCGGGGCCCGCUCAGGUGCUGAAGAGGCGGCGGCCGCCCGCGCCCGUGGCGCACGAUGCCGUCCAGCGGGACCCUGGACGCCGGCAGCCCCGCGCCCACGCUCGACUCGCACAAGGGGGAAGAGGAGCCCGAGGAGAACCCGAGCAAGGAGGAGAAGCAGGAGCCGGGCACGCCCAUGAGGAAAGCCGGGCGGCCUGGGCGGAAGCGCAAGCAUGCCCAGGCCGAGAGCAGUGACACCCCCAAGGACUCGGCGGCCGUGCCCAAGUGCCCCCCGGCCUGCCCCGAGGCCAGUCCCGCCGAGCCGCUGCCCAACGGGGACGUGGAGGGGGACGCCGAGGAGGCCGGGGGGAGCCCCAAGGGCGGCCGGCCCGAGGAGGACGAGACGGAGAGCCUGGCGGACGGGGAGACGGGCCGGGCGCUGGAGAACGGCCGCUGCACCCCCAAGGAGGGCCUGGACGCGCCGGGCGAGGAGGGUGAGCUGGCCCCUUCCGACCCCCAGAAGAAACGCGGGAGGAGGAAACCUGAGGCCACCGAGAAAAGCAAGGACGAGAAGGAGGAGAACAACUUCGACAGCCUGAAAAUGGAGGGCUCCCGCGGGCGGCUCCGCGGCGGGCUGGGCUGGGAGUCCAGCCUGCGGCAGCGGCCCAUGCAGCGGCACACCUUCCAGGCCGGGGACCCCUACUACAUCAGCAAGAGGAAGCGCGACGAGUGGCUGGCGCGCUGGAAGCGCGAGGCCGAGAAGAAGGCCAAGGUGAUCGCCGUGAUGAACGUGGUGGAGGAGCCGGCGCGGGCCGAGGCGCAGAAGGAGGAGGAGGCGAGCCCGCCGCCCGCCCCGCAGCAGCCCACCGACCCCGCCUCGCCCAGCGUGGCCACCACGCCCGAGCCCGCCGUGGCCGAGGCCGGCGACAAGAACGCCUCCAAGUCCGCCGACGACGAGCCCGAGUACGAGGACGGGCGCGGCUUCGGCAUCGGCGAGCUGGUGUGGGGCAAGCUGCGCGGCUUCUCGUGGUGGCCCGGCCGCAUCGUGUCCUGGUGGAUGACCGGCCGCAGCCGCGCCGCCGAGGGCACCCGCUGGGUGAUGUGGUUCGGCGACGGCAAGUUCUCGGUGGUGUGCGUGGAGAAGCUGCUGCCCCUGAGCUCCUUCGCCAGCGCCUUCCACCAGGCCACCUACAACAAGCAGCCCAUGUACCGCAAGGCCAUCUACGAGGUGCUGCAGGUGGCCAGCAGCCGGGCUGGGAAGAUCUUCCCCGCGUGCCCCGAGAACGACGAGACGGACACGUCCAAGGUGGUGGAGAUCCAGAACAAGCAGAUGAUCGAGUGGGCCCUGGGCGGCUUCCAGCCCUCCGGCCCCAAGGGGCUGGAGCCCCCCGAAGAGGAGCGGAACCCCUACAAAGAAGUUUACACGGAGAUGUGGGUGGAGCCCGAAGCGGCCGCCUACGCACCGCCCCCACCCGCCAAAAAACCCCGGAAAAGCACAACCCAGGAGAAGCCCAAGGUCAAGGAGAUCAUCGAUGAGCGUACCCGAGAGCGGCUGGUGUACGAGGUGCGGCAGAAGUGCAGGAACAUCGAAGACAUCUGCAUCUCCUGCGGGAGCCUCAAUGUCACCCUGGAGCACCCUCUGUUCAUCGGGGGCAUGUGCCAAAACUGCAAGAACUGCUUCCUGGAGUGCGCCUACCAGUACGACGACGAUGGCUACCAGUCCUACUGCACCAUCUGCUGCGGCGGCCGCGAGGUGCUCAUGUGUGGCAACAACAACUGCUGCAGGUGCUUCUGCGUGGAGUGCGUGGACCUGCUGGUGGGCCCGGGGGCGGCGCAGGCGGCCAUCAAGGAGGACCCCUGGAACUGCUACAUGUGCGGCCACAAGGGCGUCUACGGGCUGCUGCGGCGGCGGGAGGACUGGCCCUCGCGCCUGCAGAUGUUCUUCGCCAACAACCACGACCAGGAGUUUGACCCGCCCAAGGUGUACCCGCCGGUGCCAGCUGAGAAGAGGAAGCCCAUCCGGGUGCUGUCACUCUUCGAUGGCAUCGCCACAGGCUUGCUGGUGCUGAAGGACCUGGGCAUCCAGGUGGACAGGUACAUCGCCUCCGAGGUGUGCGAGGACUCCAUCACCGUGGGCAUGGUGAGGCACCAGGGCAAGAUCAUGUACGUCGGGGACGUCCGCAACGUCACCCAGAAACACAUACAGGAGUGGGGCCCCUUUGAUCUGGUGAUCGGGGGCAGCCCCUGCAACGACCUGUCCAUCGUCAACCCGGCCAGGAAGGGUCUCUACGAGGGCACCGGGCGCCUCUUCUUCGAGUUCUACCGCCUGCUGCACGAAGCCCGGCCCAAGGAGGGCGACGACCGGCCCUUCUUCUGGCUCUUUGAGAACGUGGUGGCCAUGGGGGUGAGCGACAAGAGGGACAUCUCGCGCUUCCUGGAGUCCAAUCCCGUCAUGAUUGAUGCCAAAGAAGUGUCUGCAGCGCACCGGGCACGCUACUUCUGGGGGAACCUGCCCGGCAUGAACAGGCCACUUGCAUCCACCGUCAACGAUAAGCUGGAGCUGCAGGAGUGCCUGGAGCACGGCAGGAUAGCAAAGUUCAGCAAAGUGCGAACCAUCACCACUCGCUCCAACUCCAUCAAGCAGGGCAAGGACCAGCACUUCCCGGUGUUCAUGAACGAGAAGGAGGACAUCCUGUGGUGCACGGAGAUGGAGAGGGUCUUCGGCUUCCCGGUGCACUACACGGACGUGUCCAACAUGAGCCGCCUGGCCCGGCAGAGACUGCUCGGCAGGUCCUGGAGCGUGCCGGUGAUCCGCCACCUCUUCGCGCCCCUGAAGGAAUACUUUGCCUGCGUCUAGAGAUGGGCAGGGACUGGUCACACACGGAGCGAGUCGGAAACAAACCCAUCCACGCCAAGAGAAGUGAACACACGGAAUGAGAGAAGAGUCAGCACCCAGAAGAGAGACGGGAUUUCGCAGCCCGACGGGAACCCAGCACACGUCUCCCCGAGCGAAAGGGGUCGGUGUCCUCUCCGGAAUUUCCCAGGAUCAGCUUUAGCUAUUUAAAAACAAACAAAAACCACAGGAAGCAAACAAACGAUGAAGACGGCAAACGCAAACAACCAGCGACGAAACAGGAAAAAAAAAAAGAAGAAAAAGAAAA